AUGGGGUUACCACCAUGGGAGACGAGCGAUGGUCAGCUUUUUGCCUUGAUUACUGGCGCAAACAGUGGUCUAGGCUUUUCCAUUGCAGCCCGCCUCAUCGACGAAUUCUUCACGUCUCCCUCAACCAGCCCGAAUAAACAUCUCAUCCUCAUCCUCUGCACGAGAUCACCUAUGAAGACCCGAUUUACAAUUUCACGUCUGCGCGCCCACCUCAGAAUACAAGUCGAAAGCUCCCCGUUCGCAAAGAAGCAGAGAGUGAAAGCCAAGGAGCAAGGCAUUGAGUACAAAUGGGAGGACAUGGUACAGCGAGUCCAUUUCCUGGGCGUAGAAAUUGAUCUCUGUGAUCUGCGUAGUGUGUAUGCUCUGGCGGACAAGCUGGUCAAUGGCACGGUUGGGAGUCCGGAUGCAACUACAAUGGAUGGCGGUAAGCUCCCACACGGAUCGCCUGGUACGGCGAGCUACAGUCCGGAUGUAGAGCAGGAUAGAUGGGCGCUCAGCCAGAAGCCCGGAUCGAUCGGCUCACAAAGGUCGUGGGGUUGGGGAUUGAGCGGGAUACGGAUCCCCAGGCUAGAUGCUAUUAUCUUGAGUGCUGGUAUUGGUGGCUGGAUAGGUCUGGACUGGCCAUUAGCAAUAAGAACGGUUUUGUUCGACACGAUAGAUGCGGUUACGUGGCCGAUCUACAAGAAGUCGAGUUUGGGGGCUCUGGUCCGGACAUCACAUUCAACAGACGAUGCUAAGCAAUCGUUGCUAGAUGAUCAAGAGAAAUCACUCGGGCCACCACUGGGAGAAGUCUUCUGCGCAAACGUUUUUGGUCAUUACAUUCUCGCCCAUGAGUUGAUGCCCCUCCUCUCACGACCCACAUCGCCCAACGCAAAAACUUGUGGCAAAGUUAUCUGGGUCAGUUCUAUUGAAGCUGUGGAUGAUAAAUUCUCAAUCGACGAUAUUCAAGGCUUGGAAUCCGACUCGCCAUAUGAGAGCUCGAAGAGAGUUAUGGACUUGCUUGCUUUAACCUCGAAGCUACCAGCUACGCAACGACCAUCGGCACCAUUCUUUGACUGCUCGAAAACCACAACGGCAAAGAAGGGAUCAUCGAAGAACGGUGAACCUUCAUUAAAGCCCGAAAUGUAUGUGACCCAUCCAGGUAUUUUCGUGUCAGACAUAAUGCCACUCCCUGGUUUCCUGGUCGUCAUCUAUACAUGGGUGUUCUACAUCGCAAGAUGGAUAGGAAGCCCUUGGCAUCCUAUCAUACCAUAUAAAGCGGCAGUCUCUCCCGUCUGGAUUACUCUCACUGGUACCGAAGAACUCAAUGCUGCCGAAGGAGGUGGUUUAAAGAAGAUAAAGUGGGGAUCAGCAACCGACACGAGUGGAGAUGAACGGGUGAUGAAGACUGAGGUCCCUGGAUGGGGUUGGAAUGGCGACAUCGAGGACACUACGGAGAUCAAGAAUAGAAAAGGGAGGAAGAAGGAUGCGGUUGACUUGACAAAAGAGAAGAGAGAGGAGUUUGAGGUUACUGGAGCGAAAGUUUGGGCAAAGAUCGAGGGGAUGAGGAAGGAAUGGGAGGGUGUGCUGGGAAUCAAUGGCAGAAAAUAG